AUGGUAGACUACAAAGACAUCAAAUUGAGGCAAUCAAUGUGGCAUACUGUCAAGGAUCAUGUUAGACGUGUAGCAAAACAACUUGUUCAAGAUGAAGCAACCUACAUGGAACAAUUAGCAGAUUUCCAAGAAUGGUAUAUUGAAGAAGUAUAUACUAGUAUGGAAAAAUUAUACCAAUUAUAUUUUAGAUUGGCUACCCAAGAGGAUGAAGCAUAUGAAAGAUCUGAGGCAGACAUAAAUGACAUCCUUCAGAAAUUUACGGCUUGA